GGAUGCUCCCGGGCUCAGUGAAAUGCAAGCGCGGGAGUGAGAGAUCCUGAAAGCCGGAGCCAAGCGCCUUUAUUCCUGCUUAAUUUUAUUAAUUAUAAAACAUUAAACCCAAGAAUGGCGUCCAAGUGUCCCAAAUGCGAGAAGACCGUGUAUUUUGCUGAGAAGGUGACCUCUUUGGGGAAGGACUGGCACAAGUUCUGCCUCAAGUGUGAGCGCUGCAACAAGACCUUGACAUCAGGCGGCCAUGCUGAGCACGACGGGAAGCCCUACUGUCACAAGCCAUGCUAUGCUGCCCUCUUCGGGCCAAAAGGGGUUAAUAUUGGAGGAGCAGGCUCUUAUAUGUAUGAAGCACCUGUUAACAACAACCCACCUCCGACCGCUUUGGAGUCUGCACCCAAGCCAGAAGAGAAGAGGGUCCCAACGUCCAGCAGACCUCCUUCUAAAGCUGGAAGUGUCACCACCUUUUCUGGAGAGGCUAACAUGUGCCCCAGGUGUAACAAGAAGGUCUACUUCGCGGAAAAGGUCACGUCUCUUGGGAAAGACUGGCAUCGGCCCUGUCUGCGCUGUGAAAGGUGCAGCAAGACUCUGGCUGCUGGCAGCCAUGCAGAGCACGAUGGCCAACCUUACUGCCAUAAACCAUGUUAUGCUGUUCUCUUUGGGCCUAAAGGUGUGAACACAGGGGGUGUCGGCAGCUACAUCUACGACAAGGAGCCCAACACAGAGACCCAGCCAUGAACCUGUGUCUUCCUUAUAUCCCUAUUCUACAAUCACAUGAUUCCACUACAGACAGACACAGCCACUGCUGUCAGCUUACACACACUCACACACAUACACACACACACACACCCUCACACCCCAAUCUCCAACCAUGCUUACUGAAACUUACAGUGCCAACGUGAACUUUCUCUGCAAAAUAAGUGAUUCUACACACUAUAACCAAUUUUUAUUUUUACUGCUACCUUCACUUCACCAUGCCUGAUCACCUUUUGAGUUUUAAGUUAAAUGAAACAGCCUUGUUCCUGCACGCUGAUAGCCCAGGGUGCAGUGUGAUGGGGCCUGCAAGAUACGUAAUUCUAGAAUGCAAGAAGUCAAGAUCGUGCAUACAAGAAGCCAUUUGUUUGAUCACAUCUGAUUGUUACCUUGAAGGUAUAGUUUUUAAAUCAUUUUAAAUAGUCAUCUUAUUCCAUGUUUGAAAUCUGAAGUAUUUUUUUUUUAGGUUCUUUAGUCACGUUUAUUCAAGUUGUGAUGUCAGAUCUCAGCUCUUCCACCAUAAAACAGUCUGUCUGACCCAGCCUGAAGAGAAGACCUUUGUCCACAGCAAGCUUAAUCACACAGCUUGGUAAAUCAACUCUCCUGGACAGAGUGGCUGUUCACUGAUAUCAGCUAAAUAUAACCGAGCCGAACGCUCUGCAGGAGCAUUUUUCAGAUACGGAGGAGCCGGGCUGUUUUAAUGGUGUGCUGACAGGCAGAUCAAUCUCACCUCUGGGCUUCAGCACACAGGUGCAGCACAGCAGCACCUUGCCAUAAAUCUCCAAGAUAUUCACCAACCCAGAUCUGCCCUUUGGCUGCCUAACAGCAUUCCUGCGUCAAAGUAUUUAUACCUUUAGUUUAAAAUAUAGGAAAAGAAAGGUGAAGAGAUGACUCCUCGUUUUUUUUUUUUUUUUUACAGAAGUGCAGACUCUUCUUUUUUUUAACGUUAAAGCUCACUGGAGGUCGAGAGGUAUGGAGGGCUUGGUGAUAGGUGCCUAAUGAUUGAGGAGCUGAGACGAGUAUUUAUAGAGCUGUUCCAGAAAAAAAAUGACAAAGGUUGGUCUAAGAGACUUUUUUUAAAUAUGUUGUGUGGUCGAAAUAUUAGAAAACUACCUGCAUAUCUCCUUGUGUAGAAAAUACACAUCUAGUAGAAAAUGUAGAAAUGACGUAGCUGAUAGAAACCUAUAGGUUGAAGUUUAAUGACAAAACGUUCUUGUAGAAUGUGCAUUAGUACUCAGACUGUUAUUGCCAUGAUGUUUAUUUGCUGUAGUAGGGCUGCGUAUUUCUACGGACUGACUGUAGCCUGAGGAAAAAGUAGCCCACACUUUCAGUCCUGCUGCUUCUGUCUUUUUAAUCCUGUAUUAAAGUUUAUACACUGCC